AUGGCGAGGGAACAACUGAAGCUCACAGACAUUACUGAGGCAUAUAGUUCUAUGCAUCUACAGCAACCCGAUGAUGCUUUCUACAUGGAUACCGGUGCUACGUCGCACCUCACUGCUGAUCCAGGUAAUAUACACAACGUUUUCAAUUCUAGCAAUGUACGAUCUAUCUUAGUUGGCAAUGGCAAUAGUAUUCCAGUUACUGCCAGUGGUACCAAGCUCAUAACCCUUCCCUCUCGUACUCUUCAACUCAAAAAUACCCUUGUUGUUCCCGAUAUUAUCAAAAACUUAGUUUCCCCUACUCCACCUGACAUCUACAUCCCACCUCAUCGUCGCAACAUAUUAUCUACUCCUCCCAUCCAAACAUCUUUCUUCCCUCCUGCCACUUCCGUCCCCACUAAGUCAACAGGCCCCAUCACCAUUUCUUCUUCCCCCAAUACGUCAGUUCCCACUCCCACUCCCCAAUGUCAGUUUCCACUCCCAUCUCCAUACCCCACUGAGUCAGCAGCUCCCCUCACCUCUUUUUCUUCUUCUUUUGACACUGCGUCAGAUCCCACUCCAACCAUUUCUGCACCAUCCAAUCAUUGCGUACAGCCUACUGACGUUAACCCCUCAUCCCCACCAACCACUUCUUCCCCUACAUCAACCACUGUCCCUACACCUUCUUGCAUACCUCCAAUCACUACUGUUCCUCCAUCGCCUUAA